AGGUACCGUUUAUACAACGAAUUCUCAAACAGUGGAUUUUUCACUUUUCGUGUGUAAAAUAUUGACACUUCAGACUCAGCAUGCUGUGCAGAUGUGCCUUAAUCUAUGGAGGCAUUUAUUUUUUUGUUGAAAUAUUCAUUAUGAGUUCUGGAGUUUUAAAUGAAAUAAUGAAUUAUUGCCACUAUUGAUAAUGUGUUUCCCGAAUUAUUGAGAAGCACUACAAGUAUAGUUAGAGGAGAAGUUUAUAGAUAGGAAACUACUUCAUACAUUUACGUACCAAUAAUUUGUAUCUGUGAAUCUUCAUAUACCUACCUAAUGAUUCAUUUUUAAUUACAUCUACCUGCUGAUGAAUAAGGAUACAUAUCAUUAUUCUUCAAUACCAGAAUUUGGGAGUAAUAUGGGAUUUCCCCUUGCAUUUCAUUGAUGUAGUAGAAAUUUACAUUCCCACAUACAAUUGUAGUGACCCACCGCACCAAAACAUUUCAUCUAGUCAAAAGCAUCAGCAACAAAAAAGGAAAGGUAUAAGAAAAACAGUUCCAAAUAAAUAAUAAACAUGGUGUGUGGUGAAGUUAUGAAGUAUAUCGUGAUAAUAUUGGUGAUUUCAAACAACAUGAUGAUCGGUGAUUCUCAAGAAACUUGUGAUUGCAUAAGACUGAAGGAAUGUAGUACCUUCAUAAUCUUGAUAAAAACUCUAGAGGAGCCCAUAAAGUCUACCUUCAUUGAUUAUUUGCGAACCAAACAAUGUGACCAUCAAGGAGACCAUCCAAAAGUUUGCUGUCCACCUCAAAUGAAAAAGGAUCCAAAUAUAUUUAUGAGUAGUAGUAAUAUUAUGACUACUCCCACUACUCCUAGGAGUCUUCCGAGUACUACAAAAAUAUCAAAAACACAACCUUGCCAUGGUAAAUCGAAAUGCAUCGUACUGAAAGACUGCACACCAUACAUGGCUCUCGUCAAAUCGACGGGAAGUCCUCUGACCAGAAAUGUGGUCCGUUUCCUGAGAUCGCAAGAGUGUGGCUUCCAAGACGGCAUGCCAAAAGUCUGCUGCGCUGCGCUGCCAACCAAGUUCCAAGCCCUCAAACACGCCAGACCUGGGUCCAGGCGACCGUUCAAGAAGCUCAGCGCCGUAGACGGAGAGGCCACGACUGCUACGACGAGAAGGGGUACGAGGUCCACUCCGCGUCAUUUUAGGCAGGAGUUCGGGAGUUUCAGGGACGAGGUCAUGUCUUCAGAUUUCUUCGAUUAUAUGAGCAGUUUUGAUUUGGUGUUGAGGAAGAAGAGGUUUGACAAUGAUAACGAUUCAGAUAUCGAAAUAAGAUGAGAUAUUUGUUAUUUAUCACAAUAAAAUUUUAUUUAUAAACAUUCUGAGGG